UUUUCUUUUCCGCUCAGGUCUCUGCCGUGGUGAGAGCGUGGAUUUCAUCAUCUGGGCUCAAACAAAACCACCAAACAUGAGCGUCCCAGCGUUUAUCGACAUCACGGAAGAGGACCAGGCCUCAGAGCUGAGAGCCUACAUCAAGGCCAAAGGAGCUGAGAUCUCCGAGGAGAACGCUGAAGGUGGACUCCAUGUAGAUCUGGCUCAGAUCAUCGAGGCGUGUGACGUCUGCCUCAAGGACGAUGAUAAAGAUGUAGAGAGUGUGAUGAACAGCAUCGUGUCCCUGCUGCUGAUCCUGGAGACGGACAAGCAGGAGGCUCUCAUUGAAACUCUUUGUGAGAAGCUGGUGAAGUUCCGUGAAGGAGAGAGACCCUCCCUCCGGAUGCAGUUGCUGAGCAACCUGUUCCACGGCAUGGAUGAGAACACUCCAGUGAGAUAUACCGUAUUCUGUGGUCUCAUCAAAGUGGCGGCAACAUGUAAUGCCAUCAACUUUAUCCCCACGGACCUUGAUCAGGUGCGCAAGUGGAUCAUUGACUGGAACCUGAACACAGAGAAGAAACACACGCUAUUGAGGCUGGUGUAUGAAGCUUUGGUUGAUGGCAAAAAAAGUGAGACGGCAGCCAAAGUGAUGGUUGAGCUGCUGGGAAGUUACACAGAAGACAACGCUUCACAAGCACGGGUUGAUGCCCACAGAUGUAUCGUCCGUGCUCUCAAAGACCCCAACACCUUCCUGUUUGACCACCUGCUCACCCUGAAACCUGUUCGCUUCCUGGAGGGAGAACUAAUCCAUGAUCUAUUAACCAUCUUUGUCAGUGCCAAACUAGUAUCAUACGUCAAAUUCUACCAGAGUAACAAAGAAUUCAUCGAUUCUCUUGAACUGUCUCACGAGCAAAACAUGGCCAAGAUGCGUCUGCUGACAUUCAUGGGCAUGGCGGUGGAAUUCAAGGAAAUCUCCUUUGACACCAUGCAGACGGAGUUGCAGAUUGGACCAGAUGACGUUGAGGCUUUUGUCAUUGACGCUGUUCGGACCAAGAUGGUGUACUGCAAAAUCGACCAGACGCAGCGGAAAGUCGUUGUGAGCCACAGCACACAUCGCACCUUUGGCAAGCAGCAGUGGCAGCAGCUGUCCGAGAGCCUCACCUCCUGGAAGGCAAACCUAGCGAACGUCAAGACCAGUCUGCAGGCCCUGUCACCCUCUGCUUAAUUCCACCCUAACCCAGCUGUCUAGACUGACCCGCUCUUCUUUUCCACCUCCCAAAUUCCUAGACUGAAAUUAUCAGUUUUUAUAUUCAUUCAAUAAAAGAACAGUGGAGAUCA